UGACAGGAUUUAAGCGGAAUCGCUACGGAACUCAGAGGGGCUUCAAACGUGCAGAUUCACAUGCUACAGGUUGGGUGGCAUUAACACAUAGUGGCGUUUGCUUGACGGCGACACUGCCCCCUGGUCGACGGGGGCCAGACGCAGCCCGCGGAGGAGUGGAUGGCUUCUGCAAUAAAAAUACAUGAAGAGAACUGAGGAAAAGAAGAUUGGUCGGGGGCAAAGCCAGCGACACGGCGUCCUGUUCCCUUCGCCUCUUCCCCGGUGCGGAGCCACGGACCCGCGCGCCGCUCUUAUUUUUUGGGAGGGGAGGUCACACUCGGGCAUAAUUUCGCCGCGACGAGCGAGAACUCCGUGUGAAAUGCCGUUUUCUGUGCGGCUUCCUUGGUUCACCGAGCCGACAGGGAGAUAUAACUACUGUGCCCCAGCCUAGCGAACCGGAGUGAAAGUCCGCCAUAUUCCGCCUCACCACGCCCGGGAGUGGAGCCAUUGGAAAAUAAACGGACAACCUCGCUCAUGUGUUGUCUUUUUUUUUCCCUCGCCAACGCAGACUGCGAGUUGGAAAACAAACAAGGUAUUUCAGCGAUUUAAAAAUACCAUCAGCGUUAAGGACUUUGGAAAGAGCCUGGCCGGAGAUCUGAUGACAAUACCUAUCCAGAUCAGUGCGGAUGGUGCGUUUUAAAAAGAUCUGUUGAUCAUACAGAGGCAGAAGAUCAGCUUAUACCCUCCGACCGAGCACUAAUAUUCAACCGAACCCGCUUUCUACUCAGUUUGAAGCUUUCGGCAGGCCCAGAAAGCGAACCGAAACACAGGGAAGAGGGUGGGAGGGGGUAGGGGACUCCAAUAAUUCCUCUCAAAUAUCUUUAUUUUCCGCCUCUACUCCGGUCUGAACACCCAGACUCAUUACAGCAUCCCCUGAAGCCGGCCUGCCUGCAUGAGGACGUUAUUUGACAUUCACAGGCCUCUGGUUUUCCCCCGCGACAAAUGUGAAAUCUGGACGACUCAAUUCAGAGGGGGGGGGGACAAGCGGAGCUUAUAGUGCGUGUUUGAAAAAGAAAAAGGACCGAGAAUGACCCUGGAAUCCAUAAUGGCGUGCUGCCUCAGCGAGGAGGCGAAAGAAGCGAGGCGGAUCAACGACGAGAUCGAAAGGCAGCUCCGCCGGGAUAAGAGGGACGCACGCCGGGAGUUGAAGCUGUUGCUUCUCGGAACUGGUGAAAGUGGGAAGAGCACAUUCAUCAAGCAGAUGAGGAUCAUCCACGGUGCCGGCUACUCCGAUGAGGACAAACGGGGUUUCACCAAGCUCGUCUAUCAGAACAUCUUCACGUCCAUGCAGGCUAUGAUCCGAGCUGCAGAGACGCUGAAGAUCCAAUACUCAUUAGACUCCAGCAAGACUAAUGCCAACAUUGUUAGAGACGUGGACAUAGAGAAGGUCACCAGAUUGGAGAGUCCUUACAUAGACGCCAUCAAGAGCUUGUGGAAUGACUCCGGCAUUAAAGAGUGUUAUGAUCGAAGGAGGGAGUACCAGCUCUCAGAUUCCACUAAAUAUUACCUGGACUCACUGGACCGGAUCGCCCAACCAGGCUAUCUUCCCACCCAGCAGGAUGUGUUGAGGGUUCGAGUCCCGACCACGGGCAUUAUCGAAUAUCCAUUUGAUCUCCAGAGCGUCAUAUUCAGGAUGGUGGACGUUGGGGGUCAGAGGUCGGAGAGGAGGAAGUGGAUCCACUGUUUUGAGAAUGUCACGUCCAUCAUGUUCCUGGUCGCCCUCAGCGAGUACGACCAGGUGUUGGUGGAGUCGGAUAACGAGAACCGGAUGGAGGAGAGUAAAGCUUUGUUUAGAACUAUAAUCACAUACCCCUGGUUCCAAAACUCCUCCGUCAUUUUGUUCCUGAACAAGAAAGACCUGCUGGAGGAGAAGAUUACGUUCUCCCAUCUGGUCGACUACUUCCCAGAGUACGAUGGACCUCAGAGAGACGCUCAAGCAGCUCGAGAGUUCAUCCUGAAGAUGUUUGUGGACCUGAAUCCAGACAGCGAUAAGAUCAUCUACUCUCACUUCACCUGCGCCACCGACACGGAGAACAUCCGCUUCGUCUUUGCCGCCGUCAAAGACACGAUCCUGCAGCUCAACCUGAAGGAGUACAACCUGGUGUAGAGUGCGGCUCCUCCAUGAAACACUGACUGACUCGAUCUGUGAAAAGAUAGCUUUCACACACACACACACAAAUACACGCUUACAAAUUAUCUGAGGAAACAAAAUCUUAACGAUUGCAUAAUACUAAUUUAUUUGCCCUUUGUUGACUUCUUGGUGCACGAAGGGUUUCAUUUUGCUAUUUAAGGAGCUUCAUCACAUCUGCCUUUUUAUAAACGACCUUUCUUUUUGUAACCCUCCUCAUCUAUCAUCCUUUCCAAAGGUUCGGCAUGAACGUUUGCUCAACAGGAAGUGAUGUAACAUCUGUCUUAUCAACAGCCUCUUUUAUUUUUUCUUCUUUUAUUUAAUGUACCUGUUGGCAUGUCUCUUGUAAUGUUGCCAUAAACUGUGAUUUUUAAAUUAUUUGAGAUUGAUUUGCCAUUGAUUGACUUCAGUCAUCAUCCUUGUUCCAAUGUUACCUUGCUUUGGUACCAUUCAGUGAUUUGAGCACAUUUACUGCUUAUUCGGACACAGACGUGAAGUUCAGUGCAAGAAGGAGAAAUCGUCUGAGCGACCAGGUGUGACGAUGCCUUCCACAGACUGCCAGGGCUCGAUUUCUGACACAUUUCCUAAAAGUGUUUACUUUAAACAGUGCCACACAGAAGCUUUUCUUUCAAAUUGUAAUUAUUACCGAUGCCAAAACAACCCGAGCAAAGAAAAGAGCAGGAGCAACAGACUGACAUGUUGAUCGACCAUCUGAAUCCUGCCGGUUAUGAAGUGUUUCACCGUUCGGUCCGAUCACAGCUUAGCAGUAUCUCUGUGUCCAAUCACAGCCCGGCUUUUCAGACUGUUGUAGCUGAAUUAGAAGUGGAGAAUAAAUCUGGUCGGUCGUAAAGAGGCAAAAAAAAAAAAAGGGCAGUGUUGAUAUGCAGUUUGUACCAAAGUAAAGCCCUUCUUGUUUAUAAUUGGAACCUCUUUACAUGCGACUCUCAAUUUACUUUGGAGUAUAUAUUUUUUUUAUGAUUUUUCUGCAACAUAAGCCUGUAAUUUACAUUUAUUGAGGCAUAGUGCAAUUAUAAAUGCUAUAAUCAUUGUACAUACAUCUCACUUUCUCAAUAUAUAUAUAAGUAUAUAUAUAUAUGUAUGUGACAGCAUCUUUGUUGGCUUUGUAAUCAUUACUUUUUUGGGCAGAUUGAAUGUUUAGUAUUGAAAAUCUGUGUCUAUGUAAUUGUCCAAUGGCUAACUCGUUUUAAUUUAAUUGUUCUGCUUUUGUUUCCUUUCAUUUGUCAGAUGAGAAUGUACAUUUUUGUGUUAUGUUGCGUUCAUUUCUCAUUAAGGAAACAUUGUUUAGCUUUCAGAAUGUGAAACAAUAGUAUCAGAAACCAUUUCCUUAAAUUCACAGUUUUUCUCCUCAUCUUUGAGAAAUGGUCACCUAAAUCAGAUCUACACGACCAAUUCUAACAUUUGAACUCUUAGCAGGCUUCAGAUCAGAGCACUUUUUUUUUUUUUUCUCCUGACGCGUAACUCUUUGAUUCUGGAGUCUUUUUAAUAAGUAUUGAUGAGCUUUGGAGCCUCCUCAGUACAUGCUGUGGUCCUCAAUAUGCUUCUCACCCCUUCGCAUUAAUAGCCGACGUGUUUCGUAGGAUCAGAACGGUGGAGCCAAGCUGAGAAGGACGGCAGGAGAGCUGCUGGUUUAAUGUUUUUUUUUUUUUUUUUGAGAAGCUUUCCUGCAUACUGAGACAAAGUCAGCGAUGAAAUCAAGUAAUUAAUGUACAAAAACUCAAGUAGAAUGAACCAUUUAUUAGUUCUUUUCAAAUGAUUUUUUUACUUUUUCAUCUCGAUCGCCACAGUUUCAUUAGAAUGUACAGUAUUCGUUCUUUAAUUUAUGAAACGAGAAAAAUACAGUUCAUGUGUACAUAUUGCCUUAUAUUAAGCUGUGCCUCUGAAGUCUCUCACAAAGGCACUUUUGUUUUGUUUAUUUUCUUUUUUGUUUGUUUUUGUGAGAAGUGAAGCUAAAGCUGAAAAUGUCUCGUAAUUUCUGUUUUGACUUGGUGUUUUUGGUUUUUUGGGGGGGUUUUCUCCACGCUGUGAGAAGCUCUGGGAACGGCUCUGAUUUGUAGCUCAUGUUUGACGUAACAGCAGGACAUCAUAAGCAAAACUGGAAUCACAUUUCUGUUGUCUCAUCUGAUUCAUGUCUUAAGUGUUUCUACCACAGUGCAUUAUGAUGCAUUGAACUGCCUGGCACAGAUUAAAACAGCAUGGAGACGUGCAGAAUGAGA